AUGAGUAAAUCUAAUAGUCCUCUUGAUCAAUAAUUUAUGCAAUAUAGAUUUACUAUUGAAAUAGCAGAACGAAUGUAUAUUCCAUCUGAUGAAAUGGAAUAAAUAGUGGCUAAAGAAAAGUUAGAAGCUGAUGAUAUGAAUAAUACUUAUACUAUGGUGUAUAUUUAAAUUUUUUGUAUUUUCUUUUAAAUAAUAUAUAAUAACUUAAAAAUUUAGAAAAUAAUAAUAGUAAAAUGCUCCAAAAGAUCCAAAGGCCAAACCUACAGUUCCUCCUCCAAUUAAUAUAUUAAAUCAGGCAGUUUUUGAAAAAGAUACUAUAAUAACAAUCGAAGAUUUGUCAACAUUAUUAAGAUAAACAUAGCAAAAAUUGUUUGAUUACAUAACAAGUUGUCUAAACUUCUAAAAUGAAUAAGCUAAUGAAAGUGAUAAAGAAUUUAUCAAAUAAUCAGAAAACUCAAAGAAUAACAAGCAUGCUUAGAUAGGACCUCAGAAACAAGAUAUAAAAAAUAAAAUUACAAUUCAUAAAAAAGGUGAUCUAAAAUAAUAUGUUUAGGUAUGAAAGAUAUGCAAAAUAAUUAGUAGAAAGAAUUGAUGAUCAAACAGAAUAAAUUAACUUGUUAUAAGAAGGAGGACUGUUGGAUAUGAAAGAUUAUAUUUAAGAAUAUUAAACUCUAAAAAAUAAUCUAUAAUCUGCCACAACUUUAGUAAAAUUAUAAGGAAUUUAAAAUACUGUUAAAGAGAAUUAUUUUAAUUUUGGAGAAAGUAAAAAGUAUAAUUAUCUUAGAAAUAAAUGAUUUAGAAAAGAAAUUAAGUUAUUUUGCUAAUCAAGAAUUAGAUGUCUUGUUAUAGAAAAAUAAUGAUUUUAUGAGAGAUUGCAAACCUAAUGAAAAUUUUAGAGAAGAAUUAGAAUGA